AUGGUCUUGUGUGCGUCCGACAUGGCGAACGUGGAGCAGAGGCUGGAGCAUCUCAAGAUGGCCAUGAGGAUGGGCGGCGUGGGCGCUGGCGCCGCCCCCGACAACAACUUCGGCACCCACCUCGCCACGAACACCGUGCACUACAACCCCACCAACCUCUCCCAUUGGGUCGAGAGCAUGCUCUCCCAUCUCAACGCGCCGCUACCGCCCCUCCCGCCCGCCCCGCAGCUCAACACCUCCACCUCCUCCACCGUCACGGGCGGCGGCUACUUCGAUCUCCCGCCCUCCAUUUGA